AAUUCAGCGUGCGUACAUCGUUCCGUCGAUCGAUCGGUAUGGCCUUCUCCCGUGGCGCAUGGCCGGCGAUCACCGCAAUCUUGCUGGCGCGCGGCCUGUUCGCCGCCUUCCCGGCGGCGUCGGUGGACAUGGGCGACAUGCUGAUGAUGGACAGGUUCCGCCAGUGGCAGGCCACGCACAACCGGUCGUACCUGAGCGCGGAGGAGAGGCUGCGGCGCUUCCAGGUGUACAGCGACAACGUGGAGUACAUCGACGCCACCAACCGGCGCGGCGACCUCACCUACGAGCUCGGCGAGAAUGAGUUCGCCGACCUCACCCAGGAGGAGUUCCUGGCCAGGUACGCGUCGUCCUACGACGGCACCGGAGAUGACGCCGGCAUCAGGUUGCCCGUGGGCGGCGGCGACGCCGAGCCGUGGUCGUCCGGCGGCGACGACGGUAGCUCCUUGGAGGCUCCGCCUCCCAGCUGGGACUGGAGAUCCAAGGGCGCCGUCACACCGGUCAAGACCCAGGGCUCAGGAUGCGCUAGCUGCUGGGCGUUCGUGACGGUUGCGACGAUCGAGACUCUCAACUGGAUCAGGACGGGGAAGCUGGUGGCGCUGUCGGAGCAGCAGCUGGUGGACUGUGACCAGUACGACGGCGGGUGCAACAAGGGGUCCUUCCACAGGGCCUACAACUGGAUCGUGGAGAACGGCGGGAUCACCACGGCGGCGGAGUACCCGUACAAGGCGGUGAGGGGCGCCUGCAGCAAGUCCGUCAGAAACGUCGUCAAGAUCCUCGGCGGCGGCGUGAUCCCGCCCAGGAACGAGGCCGAGAUGCAGGUCGCCGUCGCCGGGCAGCCCAUCGGCGUGGCCAUCGAGGUCGGCGGCGGCAUGCAGUUCUACAGGAGCGGCGUCUACUCGGGCCCCUGCGGGACAGCGCUCGCUCACGCCGUCACCGUCGUCGGCUACGGCGUCGACGCCGCCACGGGGGUCAAGUACUGGCUGGUGAAGAACUCGUGGGGGCAGACGUGGGGUGAGAGCGGCUACAUCCGCAUGCGCCGCGACAUCGGCGGCCCGGGGCUCUGCGGCAUCGCGCUGGAUGUCGUCUACCCGAAGAUGGCGAAAUAGUAGUGAGAAUUGUUGGUGUGAUUGUGAAUGUACCUAUGUCAUGCAUUCGCAUGCGUACAUUCCCAAUUAAGUAAGCUCUCCUACUGUACCGGGAUUGUUUCAGGACUACCUGAACUGGAAACAUGCUUUU